AUGCUCAUUAAUAUUCAUUCUUUGUUUUCUUCUCAUUCUGGAAUAGCUUUGACACCCAGGAAUAGAACCAUACAUGUUGUGACCGAAUUUAUCCUCCUGGGUUUCUCUUGUCAAAGGGAGACUCAAAACAUCCUGUUCUCACUAAUCCUCCUGGUCUACCUCCUGACCCUGCUGGGGAAUGGAGCUAUUGUCUGUGCAGUGAAAUGGGACAGGAGGCUGCACACACCUAUGUACAUCCUCCUGGGAAAUUUUGCCUUCCUAGAGAUCUGGUAUGUUUCCUCCACUGUACCAAACAUGCUGGUUAACAUCUUCUCUGAGACCAAGACCAUCUCUUUCUCGGGCUGCUUCCUCCAAUUCUACUUCUUUUUCUCACUGGGUACAACCGAGUGUUUCUUCUUGUCUGUUAUGGCCUAUGAUAGGUACUUGGCCAUUUGCCGCCCACUGCACUACCCCUCUAUCAUGACUGGAAAGUUCUGUGUGAUCCUGGUCUGCAUUUGCUGGGUGAGUGGGUUCCUCUGCUAUCCAGUCCCCAUUGUCCUUAUCUCCCAACUUCCCUUCUGUGGACCCAAUAUCAUUGACCACAUCGUGUGUGACCCAGGUCCAUUGUUUGCACUGGUCUGUGUUCCUGCACCAUCUACUGAGCUUAUCUGCUACACCUUCAACUCCAUGAUUAUCUUUGGGCCCUUCCUCUCCAUUUUGGGGUCUUACACACUGGUGCUCCGAGCUGUUCUGCGUGUUCCCUCUGGAGCUGGUAGAACUAAAGCUUUCUCCACAUGUGGGUCCCACCUGAUGGUGGUGUCUCUGUUCUACGGGACUCUUAUGGUUAUGUAUGUGAGUCCAACAUCCGGGAACCCAGCAGGGAUGCAGAAAAUCGUCACUCUGAUAUAUUCAGCAAUAACUCCACUAUUAAACCCCCUUAUUUACAGUCUACGGAACAAGGACAUGAAGAAUGCUCUAAAGAAAGUCCUGGGAUUGAGAACUGGCCAAGGCUGA